GUAAUGGUAGUAAAUUUUGGCACAAUUUUUGUUAAAAAAAAAAAGUGUAAACAAAAACAAAUACCCGCCAAAACCCAAGGGGACAAAUCACGACGCAGGUACAUAUCACAGGGUGCGAGAGACGAAAUGAAGAGAGCCCUGCCAUUCAAACGAGUCGCCGCUAAAACCCCCAAGCGGCCAACACUCUCAAACCGACCCAGCGAUGACGACGGCGACCAAACUCCGCCGAGUCAACCCCAACCCGACUCAACUCCAAUCCCAGAGAUUCCUGCGGAUAAAAUGACCAUCUUGCCCUACACAUUCUUCCAGAUUGACGCCCUAGACCUCGCCCCGCGUUUGCUCGGCAAGUUCCUUAGGAGAGACGAUGUUGUUCUUCAGAUUACUGAGGUAGAAGCUUAUAGACCAAAUGAUUCGGCUUGUCACGGUCGAUUUGGCAUAACGACAAGAACGGCCCCUGUUUUUGGACCAGGAGGGCAUGCAUAUGUUUAUCUUUGCUAUGGUCUUCAUUCGAUGCUGAAUGUUGUUGCUGACAAGGAGGGAGUUGGGGCGGCUGUCCUAAUACGUGCUUGCGCUCCAAUUAGUGGAUUGGAGACCAUACAGCAACGUCGAGGGCAGAAGACUAGUAAGCCUGUUCUCCUUAGUGGACCAGGAAAGAUCGGUCAAGCCCUGGGACUUUCUACAGAAUGGUCUAACCACCCCCUCUACACUCCUGGUGGUCUGGAAAUCUUAGAUGGUCCCCUGCCUGAAAACAUGUUGAUUGGUCCGCGUGUAGGCAUCAACUAUGCUUUGCCGGAGCACGUCAAUGCGUUGUGGAGAUUUGCAAUUGCAGGUACCCCUUGGAUAAGUGCUCCGAAGAACACUCUCAGGCCAUCGUCAUCUUAGAUUAUGGGCAGCAUGGAUUCCGUAAAGGUACUUUUGGAGGGAAAGAAAAGGUUCCAUGUAAUUAUGUCUGCUCUAAGCCUUUUUCUUGUUUCUGUAUGUACAUUAUCAUGCACAUAGCUAUUUGGAACCUAUUGUAGUCACUUUGGGAUUGAACUUGAAAGAUAUUAUGUAAGUUCAGGCAAUCCAUUAGAUGCAGAAUUGAACUUUGAACUUGGGGCGUCGAGUCGUGUAGUGUCUGAAGCAAACGCUGUCAGCCCUAUACAGCAGUCUAUAUGUAGGAAUUAACUCCCAAGUUAAUGCUUUUUUCUUUUUUGUUUGGUCAGAAUAUACGCUAUUGUGGAGAGCUCCAUGAAUUUAUAGUUACAUCCUCUAGAACCCCUAACCUAACAUAAUUCUAACUGAAUUCUCAACCUUCCUCACCACAUACUUGUUUGUAUGUUUGUGUUGGUGAUGGAAGGGAAGACGUAAUAUUUUUUCAUAUUCUCAUAUUGUUGCAACUUACAAGUAACUUCUCGUACCAUAAUUGAAAAAGUAUUGUUGUAGGAAGGCAUUCACCAUCUAUUCUAUCAUAUUGUUUCUUAAAAACAGUGAUUUUAGAGCAGGUCUCAUCUCUCUAAGCUUUUAUAAAAGAAAAUAAUUGACAUAAAAAUUUUAAAAAUGAAACGAAAUUAACAUUGACUAGGGUUUCCAGUCAGUCAACGCCAUUAGUUAAACCAGUUAGAUAGUGCCAGUGUUUCCAGAUCCUUCUACUCCAAACCUAGAAAGAUUGUCCCCCAGCUUUAUUGGGCCUCAGCCUCCCCCCUCCCUAAUUCUAGAGUUCUAGACCCUUCCUUCCUCUCUCUCAAGAAUUCUCCAGAUUUCCUCUCUCACUCCUAUUUCUCUCUCUCUCUUCCCCCAAACUCCCUCUCACAUCCCAAUUCCCAAUCCAAAACCCACAACUCUCUCUCUCUCUCUCUCUCUCUCUCUCUCAA